AUGGCUGACGUGGCAGUUGUAGCAGAAGGAAAAGAAGGUGGAAGGGAAGUGUCCACAGAAAAUGCAGCAGCGGAAGGAUCAGAAGGAGCCGGAGGUGGAGGGGGAAGAGGAGCGGGAGGAGGGUCGGAAUGUGGUGGACGAGAAGGAAAGGCCGAAGGGGACGUUGCUACAUUGCAAAAUAAAUCCAAUCCGGGUGCUGCUCCUGAUUCGCUUUCAGGCGCUGACGUGGCACGGUCGGUCAUUUCCUCACCCCAGGUCGACCCCCGAGCCAGAGCCCGCUUCCUCCGCCUCUUCCGCUUCCACCACUGGCUCUCCAGCCAAUCACAGAGCUUGGGCGAAUCCUCUGUGCUGACAGAGCAAUCCAGCCAACCGUCCAGAGACCCUCAAUCACGACUGCAGCUGCAGCAGUCAGCUCUUGAGGCGCCUCACAUAUCGCCUUCAGAUCCUAGGCCGUUGAUAUCCUCCCCUACCAUAUAUACUUCCUCUCCUCCUCCUGGUGUUACCGUUGGUAACCUCUCUGCAUCUGCCUCGACUCCCGGCGCUGUCUCUGCCGUUUCUUCUGCUACUCCUUGUGCAUCAUCCUAUGAUGCUUCCUCUGGAAGAGACUCGCUUAAAGAGUUACUGAAUCAGGGCAAGAUGCGCAGGCAAGAUGCGUUGGACUUGCUUCGGAUGUACCAUGAAGCUGCGGCAGCUCCUGGCCCAUGGGAGAAUGAGCCCUUGCCUCCAGAACUGAGUGUUUUAGGUGCUGAGAGUGAUAGAGGGGAUGUUGUCGGUGUUGAUUCGGAUGAUGGGAGUGGUGGGGUGUUGGAGCAGGAGAACGCGGUGGAGAAUAAGGAGGGGAAGAGAGAUGCAUUAGUGGGCACAGCAAGUAGGGACGAGAGUCGGGACAAGGAAGAGGAGGAUAAGGGGGGGAACGCGGUCAGGGAGGUGAAGCAGGAGGUGAACGAUGAGGAUGGGCAGGAAAUUGCGGACGAUUGGUCAGAUGGGGCGUUGGAGGAGGAACUGCAGGAGCUUCAGCUUGUGGCUGAUCUACACUACCUACUACAGCAGCAGCAGCAGCAUGCAGGCAGCGAAAACAGGGCCAGCUAUGACAACGGCAACGAGCUUCUGGUCACUGUUUCAGAGACAGCUUCUGUGGGUGGGGGAUAUGGGAAGGUGGGUUUUCAGGAGCCGCUGCGGCCAGCAUUCUAUGAUGCGGCAGAGGAUGGAGAGGGUGGAUAUACGGAGCAGUUCGCUCAACUGAGGGUACAUGCCGCUGCCAGCGUUGGCCGUGCUGCCAGUGUUGCCAGUGCUGCCACCUCUGCUCGUGCUGGCCGUGUCGCUAGUGCUGCUCGUACAACCAGCGUUGCUCGCGUUGGCAGCGGCGCUGCCAGUGCUGCCAGAUUGCGGCCUGUGCUGCCCGCGGCAGCAGAGGAUGGCGCUGGGUCUACAGAACAGCCUGUUCCAUUACAGAAUCAUUCUUCUAGUGGUGCUGCCAGUGCUGUCACUUCUUCUACUGCUGCCAGCGCUUCCAAUGCUGCCAGCGCUGUCAGCGUGAGGCCUGUGCUGCCAGCCUUAUACGACGCAGCAGAGGACGGAAUUGGGUUCACAGAACAGUUCGCUCAAAUGAAAUUGAAAGCGAAGGGACGACGGGAAGAGGAGUUCUCUAGUAUUGCCACUGCUGUCACUUCUUCUACUGCUGUCACUGCUGCCACUGCUGCCACUGCAGCCACUGCUGUCACUGCUGCCACUGCUUCCUCUGCUUCCUCUGCUGCCACUGCUGCCACUUCUUCUACUGCUGCUACUGCUUUCAACGCUGCUGGUGCUGUUAGCAUGAGGCCUGUGCUGCCAGCCUUGUACGACGCAGCAGAUGAUGGGAUUGGGUUCACAGAACAGUUCGCUCAAAUGAGAGUGAAAGUGAAGGGGAGGCGGGAUGAGGAGUUUUGA